AUGAAGCAAACAUAUUUUCAGGAACCAAAAUAUUCCAAAAAUUACCUUAUUUCGAAUCCCCAAAAUCUUUAUGAACAGUAUGUGAAUGCUUUUGCAUUCAGUGAAAUGGUAAAGAGUCAGAGUUUGAUGCCAAAUAAGAAGGAACUACAAUUACAAGCACAAAUAGUUAAACCUUCAGCCCCAUCUCCAAAUAUUAUUCCUGAACCUUCUGCUAAUAUUCAACCUUCUAAUAAUGCAACAGCACAAAAGCAGUCAGAUGCUAAUCUUCAAAAAGCUAAAGCUGAAUUGUGUGAAUAUGCUAAUCUAUCAAGAGUAACAACAUCAUCGGAACUUCAUAUACAAUUUUCUUCAAAGAUUAAGGAUCUUGAGAAAUCUAUAUUUUUAGAAGAAAAAACACUCAAGCGGUUAAGAGGUAAUGCAGAAGCUCAGAAACGGGCUAGAAAUAAAAAAAGGGAAAUGUUAGAAAAGGAAAAUAUUGUGGAAGUGUAUGAUACACCUGGGCGUCCAUCAUUUCUAAUAAAUGAACCUAAUCUUUUGGAGAAUAUGCACAAUAGCAUUGAGUUUGUAGCUGCAGAUCAUAAACGGCGUAAAGAAGUAAUUAAAGUCCGAACAAUUAAACAUCUUCGUGAAAAAAUGGAGGAGAAUUAUGGGAUUUAUAUGGCAAAUUCUACAACACAAAAUUAUUUGCAACCCCGACAUUCAAAUACAAAAGAAGCAAAACGGCAUCAUCAUCCUGCACAAAUACGUCUGGCAGCUGUUGGAAGAAAUGAGAUGAGUGAUCAUGUUGAUGAACACUAUUGCCUGGCAUCAAUAAAAGGCAUAAAAUCAUUUGCAUUAGCUUUCUCACAAAAUGUGGUCCUGAUUUCACAGGAUGAUAAAGCUAAGGUUCCAUUAGGAAUUUCAGCAGUUGGAAAAACUUUUAAGGCUAUAUAA